CAAGGGUUUAAAUGUUGGUGUCCCCCACCUCCCACGCUCGCACCCCUCGGGGACACGGCAGCAUGAAGGCGGUGGCCGCCCUCCUCCUGGUGGGGAUGCUCAUCCUCUGGGCAGAGCUGCCAACAGGCAGCGCCUGGUCCUGUCCCCCCGUCCGCUUCACCUGCGCUCUGCACAACCCGCGGAACCAGUGCCUCCUCGACCGGCACUGCCCCCGCGGCAAGAAGUGCUGCCGGUCCUUCUGCGGGAGAAAGUGCCUCUCCAAGCCUCCUGCCAUCCCCGUCUCCUACGUGUGAGCUCCGGCUUCCAGGACAGACUGAGGGUCAUCUCAGCAUUCCCAUCCCACCUCAGCUGCAGGAUCACUCUGGCAGCUGCUGCACAGUGCUCGGUGCCACUCGCUUCCCCUCUCUGCUCUCCCACCGCUCCUCUAU